AUGGCCAACAAUGACAAGACCAGCAACGAUCCAGUGGCGGCCAUGACCUCCACCGAUGAACCUGAAACGUAUCCGAGCGAGUUCAGCUCCUUGGAUCUAUCGCCUCCAACCGCAAAAGCCAUCCAAGAUAUGGGUUUCACCAAGAUGACCGAAGUCCAGGCUCGGACGAUCCCGCCCCUGAUGACCGGAAGAGACGUGCUCGGUGCCGCCCGGACUGGUAGUGGCAAGACCUUGGCCUUCCUAAUUCCCGCCGUCGAGAUGCUCAGUAGGCUCCAGUUUAAACCCAGAAACGGUACCGGGGCUAUCAUCGUCUCUCCCACCAGAGAGCUGGCCCUACAAAUCUUUGGGGUCGCUCAAGAACUCAUGAAACAUCACAGUCAAACCUUCGCCAUCGUGAUCGGAGGGGCAAAUCGGAAAGCCGAAGCUGAAAAAUUGGUCAAAGGUGUCAAUCUACUGAUCAGUACACCCGGUAGACUAUUGGAUCAUCUUCAGAAUACAAAAGGAUUUGUGUUUUCGAACCUCAAAGCAUUAGUUGUCGAUGAAGCCGAUCGGAUCUUAGAGAUCGGAUUCGAAGAUGAGAUGCGGCAGAUCAUCUCACUGCUACCAUCGGAAAACCGCCAAUCGAUGCUCUUCUCGGCCACCCAGACGACCAAAGUACAAGACCUCGCCCGCAUCUCACUCCGCCCCGGGCCACUCUACAUCAACGUCGAUGCCGACAAACAGGAGGCCACCGUCCAGGGCCUCGAACAGGGCUACGUAGUCUGUGAUAGCGACAAACGCUUCCUUUUGUUGUUCACUUUCCUAAAGAAAAGCCUCAAGAAAAAAGUCAUCGUCUUCUUCUCCAGUUGUAACUCGGUCAAAUAUCAUGCCGAAUUACUCAAUUAUAUCGACAUCCCUGUCUUGGACCUUCACGGCAAACAAAAACAACAAAAGCGAACCAACACGUUUUUUGAAUUUUGUAACGCGACAACUGGGAUCUUACUCUGUACAGAUGUAGCCGCUCGAGGGUUGGAUAUCCCCAAGGUGGACUGGAUCAUCCAAUUCGACCCACCCGAUGAUCCGCGUGAUUAUAUCCAUCGGGUCGGACGGACCGCUCGGGCGGGUAAAUCUGGCAGGAGUCUGUUGUUCUUGUUGCCCAGCGAAUUGGGAUUUCUAAGGUUCCUCAAAAUGGCCAAGGUGCCUCUGAAUGAAUACAGCUUUCCUAUGGAUAAAUUGGCUAACGUCCAAGGACAACUCGCCAAGUUAAUAUCGAAGAAUUACUACCUACACCAAUCAGCGCGCGAUGGAUUUCGUUCAUAUAUCCAAUCAUAUGCCUCUUAUAGUUUAAAAAAGAUCUUCGAUGUGAACAAGUUAGACUUGCACAAAAAAAAACUUCUCGUUAGGAGACCUAGCAAUGCGAAUCGUCGCAAGGAACAGCUUGGAAGUAAAGCCCUCGCUAAAGAACAUUAUCGCUCAAAUGGCCCACGCUCUCAGCCUUCUUCUUCUGAUCGCAAACAAUGGUCACGGUGA